AUGGCUCUCCAUCUUGCACUUUUAUGUGCCAAAGCAUUUUCCUGCUGUCAGUCCUCUGCUAAGAGCCCGACCAGCAUGGAUUCUUCACUGACUGCAGCUCAGAUCCGCGAAAAGUUUAUUGACUUUUUCCGUCGUCAUGAGCACCAGUACGUUCAUUCGUCCUCCACCAUUCCGCUGGACGACCCCACGUUGCUCUUUGCCAACGCUGGCAUGAACCAGUUUAAGCCGAUUUUCCUGAACACCAUCGACCCGUCUCACCCCAUGGCCAGACUUCGCCGUGCUGCUAACACACAGAAAUGCAUCCGUGCUGGAGGAAAACACAAUGACCUGGAUGACGUGGGGAAAGAUGUGUACCACCACACCUUCUUUGAGAUGUUGGGCUCCUGGUCCUUUGGAGACUACUUCAAACAACUGGCCUGUAAGAUGGCUCUGGAGCUGCUGACCCAGGAGUUUGGCAUUCCCAUUGAGCGCCUGUACGUCACCUACUUUGGGGGGAACGCAGAUGCCGGCCUGGAGCCUGACCUGGAGUGUAAACAGAUUUGGCUGGACUUGGGAAUGGAGGAGAGCCGCAUUCUGCCUGGCAGUAUGAAGGAUAAUUUUUGGGAGAUGGGUGAUACAGGCCCCUGUGGUCCCUGCAGUGAGAUUCACUAUGAUCGCAUCGGAGGGCGAGACGCCGCCCACCUGGUCAACAUGGAUGACCCCAACGUGCUUGAGAUCUGGAACCUGGUGUUUAUUCAGUACAACAGAGAGUCAGAGACAGAGCUGAAGCCCUUGCCUAAGAAGAGCAUUGAUACUGGGAUGGGUCUGGAGAGACUGGUGUCUGUACUGCAGAAUAAAAUGUCUAAUUACGACACAGACCUCUUCAUCCCUUACUUUGAGGCCAUCCAGAAGGGCACUGGUGCCAGGCCGUACACUGGCCAGGUUGGUGCAGAGGACACAGAUGGCAUAGACAUGGCAUACCGUGUCCUAGCAGAUCACGCCCGCACCAUCACCAUCGCUCUGUCUGACGGAGGAAGACCCGAUAAUACAGGGAGAGGGUAUGUACUGAGGAGGAUUCUGCGUCGUGCUGUGCGUUACUCACAUGAGAAGCUGGGUGCUCAGAGGGGUUUCUUUGCCUCCCUGGUGGAUGUGGUGGUGGAUUCUCUGGGCGCUGCUUUCCCUGAGCUGAAGAAGGAUCCGGACAUGGUUAAAGACAUCAUUAACGAAGAGGAAGCGCAGUUCCUCAAGACACUAAGCAGGGGGCGACGUAUCCUCGACCGCAAGAUUCAGAGCAUGGGAGACAGCAAGACCAUUCCAGGUGACACUGCCUGGUUGUUGUAUGACACUUAUGGUUUCCCUCUGGACCUGACUGCACUCAUCGCUGAGGAACGAGGGAUGGGCGUGGACAUGGAGGGCUUUGAGGAGGAGAAGAAAGCUGCUCAGUUGAAGUCCCAGGGAAAGGGUUCUGGAGAUGAAGACCAGAUUAUGUUGGAUAUUUAUGCUAUUGAGGAGCUGAGGAACAAGGGCAUCCCUGCCACUGACGACGGCCCCAAAUACCGCUACAGCUCUGACGAUAACGGCAACUAUGUGUUUGAGCAGGCUGUGGGCACUGUACUGGCUCUGAGAAGAGAACGAGCGUUUGUGGAUGAGGUGACCACAGGACAGGAAUGUGGGGUGCUGUUGGAUCAGACGUCUUUUUAUGCUGAGCAGGGAGGCCAGACAUUCGAUGAGGGUUACAUGCUUAGAGAGAACGACUCAGCAGACGAUCGAAUGGAGUUCACGGUAAAGAAUACUCAGGUACGAGGUGGCUAUGUGCUGCACGUUGGAACAGUUUAUGGCACACUGAGGGUUGGAGAUCGCCUCACUCUGCAUGUCGACGAGGCUCGCCGUAGGCCUGUCAUGAGUAAUCACACUGCUACACACAUCCUGAACUUUGCUCUACGUGGUGUUUUGGGGGAGGCAGACCAGCGGGGCUCUCUCGUUGCUCCAGACCGCCUGCGUUUCGAUUUUACCGCCAAAGGAGCUCUGAGCACAGGGGAGGUGCGCCGCACAGAGGAGAUCGCCUGUGCCAUGAUCAAGGAUGCCAAGCCUGUCUUUGCAAAGGAGGCUCCGUUGGCUGCAGCCAAAGCCAUCCAGGGCUUGCGUGCCGUGUUUGAUGAGACGUAUCCUGACCCGGUCCGGGUGGUGUCCAUUGGUAUUCCUGUAGAAGAGCUGCUCUCUGAUCCAGACAGCGCUGCCGGCUCACUCACAUCCAUCGAGUUCUGUGGUGGAACGCAUCUACAGAACUCAGAUCAUGCUGCUCCUUUCGUGAUCGUGUCAGAGGAGGCCAUUGCCAAGGGGAUCCGUCGCAUCGUCGCAGUGACGGGAGCAGAAGCCCAGAAGGCUCAAAGGAAAGCGGAUGCCCUCAGGCAGGCACUGUCAGCUCUGGCAGAGAAGGUGAAGGCUCAAACUGCCCCCAGUAAAGAUGUGCAGAAAGAAAUCGCCGACAUGACAGAAUCCUUGGGCACUGCAGUAAUCUCUCAGUGGCAGAAGGAUGAGAUGAGAGAGACUCUGAAAGGACUGAAGAAGACCAUGGAUGACCUGGACCGCGCCAGCAAGGCAGACGUCCAAAAAAGGGUUCUGGAGAAGACGAAAGAAAUCAUUGACAGUAACCCCAACCAGCCUCUUAUCGUCAUGGAGAUGGAGAGCGGAGCAUCUGCCAAGGCUUUAAACGAGUCUCUGAAGUUGUUGAAGACUCACUCUCCACAGACGGCUGCAAUGCUCUUCACCGUGGAUAACGACGCUGGCAAAAUCAUCUGUCUGUGCCAAGUCCCUCAGGAUGUUGCAAAUCGUGGUCUGAAGGCCAGUGAGUGGGUGCAGAAAGUCUGCCCCCUGCUGGAUGGAAAAGGUGGAGGCAAAGACAUGUCUGCCCAGGCAACAGGCAGAAAUACACACUGCAUACAGGAAGCCUUGCAGCUGGCCAACGAGUUCGCCCGUCUCAAACUUGGCGAAAACUAGGGCAUGCACAGAAGAGAGGAGUUUGAUCCUGGAGAGAGGAGAUGUCUUUUCAAUCCACCUCCUGCUCUUUCACAGAAUGAUCAUACUGGAAUGAUCCAGUGAUGCCUGUUCUUUUUUUUUUUUUUUCCCACAUUGAGAUGGGAAGUUGUACAGAAAUUGUUUCACUUGUCAUUAAGUUGAGUGAGGGAAAGAGUUGGUGGGCCCUAUCCCUUUAGUGGGGUAAGGCAGCUUUUCUGUAUGUGUGUGUGUGUGUGUGUGUGUGUGUGUGCACGUGUGCGUGCGCAUCACACCAUCCUUGGUAAUAUUUAAGCACAUGUUGAGUCUGCCUAAUGCUCUCUUAUUGGUUAGUUUAAUUCUGAUUGACAGAUGUGGGUGUCAUGCUGCUAGAUGAAAGACCCCUUGUCACUAAUGGUAUAAGUCUCUCACUCUCUCCUUCUCCUUGUCCUUCUCUCUCUUUUCCACCAGACAUACCGUGUCACAUGUCUCUGUAAAGCCAUCUCUGUGUGUCGACAUUUGAACAAACUGUCCCAGUCUUAGCAGACUGGUGUUUCAGCAACAUCAGAUAGAGUAGCUGUAAUAUAGUCUCUCUGUGGAGAAACAAGCCAUCUGUCUGUAAUAUGCAUCUAAAUCAUUCAUUACUGAUAGUAAUGCAGCAUAAUGACUUAAAAGAGGAAUGACUAACUUAAAGUUCAUUGUUGUCCUGUGGAUUAAUGUCUGUUGAAACAUGAUAUGGAUAUGAGUAAUAUAAAUAUUAUAUCCAAUGUUGGACAAAUAAAUUUUGCAUUCAGGAAUA